AUGCCUGUUCCUGCCAUCCAAGGCUUCAAGCAAGAGCACUCCUUUGGCAGUCGCCAGAAGGAGUCUGCGAGACUGCGUGCACAAUAUCCAGACCGCAUCCCUAUCAUCGUCGAGCGUGCGGAAGGGAGCAACGCGCCGCCGUUGGACCGUACGCGCUUCUUAGUUCCAUCUGACCUCUCUGUCGGCCAGUUUCAUUACAUCAUCCGCAAACGCAUCAAGCUACGUCCGGAGGACGCCAUCUUCCUCUUCGUGCAGGAAGCUACCAUGCCUCCGACAGCGACACUGAUGAGUGCCAUGUAUGAACAGUAUCAGGACGAGGAUGGGUUCCUAUAUGUAAAGUACGCGGGAGAGAACACUUUCGGUGGAACAUUGUCCUGA